GUUUGCUGACUAAGAUGGCGACUGAGGCGCAAAGUGAAGGGGAGGUGCCAGCCCGCGAUUCUCGCCCGAGUGAUGCCAUCUGUAAUUUUGUUAUCUGCAAUGACUCCUCCCUUCGAGGGCAACCCAUUAUCUUCAAUCCUGACUUUUUUGUGGAGAAACUCCGACAUGAGAAACCUGAGGAGUUCACCGAGUUGGUGGUCAGCAAUAUUACAAGGCUCAUUGACUUACCUGGAACCGAGUUGGCUCAGCUGAUGGGGGAAGUGGACCUUAAAUUGCCUGGUGGGGCCGGCCCAGCAUCUGGAUUCUUCCGGUCUCUAAUGUCUCUUAAGCGAAAGGAAAAAGGAGUGGUAUUUGGAUCCCCGUUGACAGAGGAAGGCAUUGCCCAGAUAUACCAACUAAUUGAGUAUCUACACAAAAACUUGAGAGUAGAGGGUUUGUUUAGAGUACCAGGGAAUAGUGUCCGACAGCAGAUUUUAAGAGAUGCUCUCAAUAAUGGAACUGAUAUUGACUUGGAAUCAGGGGAGUUUCAUUCAAAUGACGUUGCUACCUUGCUGAAGAUGUUUCUGGGAGAGUUACCUGAGCCCCUGCUGACUCAUAAACAUUUCCAUGCGCACCUCAAAAUUGCUGAUUUGAUGCAGUUUGAUGAUAAAGGAAACAAGACCAAUGUACCGGAUAAGGAGAGGCAAAUUGAGGCUCUCCAGUUGCUCUUCCUCAUUCUUCCUCCACCCAAUCGUAACUUGCUGAAGUUAUUGCUUGAUCUCCUGUACCAGACAGCAAAGAAACAAGACAAGAAUAAGAUGUCUGCCUAUAACCUUGCCCUUAUGUUUGCACCCCAUGUCCUGUGGCCAAAAAAUGUCACAGCAAAUGACCUCCAAGAGAAUAUCACAAAGUUGAACAAUGGGAUGGCUUUUAUGAUUAAACACUCACAGAAACUUUUUAAGGCUCCUGUUUAUAUUCGGGAAUGUGCCAGACUGCACUAUUUGGGCUCCAGAACUCAAGCAUCAAAGGAUGAUCUUGAUCUGAUAGCUUCAUGUUCUACUAAGUCCUUCCAACUGGCAAAAUCUCAGAAACGGAACUGGGUGGAUUCCUGCUCUCACCAGGAGGAGACCCAGCAGCGUACAGAAGAGGCAUUGAGAGAACUGUUCCAACAUGUUCACAAUAUGCCAGAGUCAGCAAAGAAGAAACAACUUAUUAGACAGUUUAAUAAGCAAUCUGUGACCCAAACACCAGGGCGAGAAUCUUCUACUCCUCGGGUCCAGAAAAGAGCCCGUUCACGUUCCUUCAGUGGCCUUAUUAAGCGGAAGGUCCUGGGAAAUCAGAUGAUGUCAGAAAAGAAAAACAAGCACCCUACUCCGGAAUCUGUAGCCAUUGGUGAAUUGAAGAGAACCAGCAAAGAAAAUAUGAACUUAUUAUUUUCUGGCUCUCCAGCUGUCACGAUGACACCAACAAGAUUGAAAUGGUCUGAGGGGAAGAAAGAGGGGAAAAAAGGAUUCCUCUGAAGGAUCCAGAAUUCUCCUGUUGUCCAUCCAGAAUUUUCUCAUUAGUGGACCAGGCAUCAUUACUGCUCACAGAGAAGCUUGGACUUGCAGCUUGCAUGCUGCAUUUUGCAUUGUGAAAGUCAACUAAUCCUAUGACCUGACUGAUACCUCUAACCCCACUCACUGGAUGUCUGCAAACUCUGUCUACUGAAUGGGUGCUACCAUCUCUCUCUCUUUUUGAAAAUAUUGUGGAGAAACCACUAACCAGCCAACCAGCUCACAUAGCACAGUAAAUGGGCAGAACCAGGUGGGCUACAGUGCUCAUUCCAUGUAUUUGUUUGAUAUUAUUUUUUAAAAUAUGAAAGUUGUAUUCAACUACCAGUGAUUUUUUUUAAGUACUGUCAGUCCUAGUGGAUUAAUAUUAUAUUAUUUUCAACUGAUACUUGAGGCUUUUCUUUCUUUUUUUUUUUUUUUUUUACUUGAGGCUUUUCUCUGUUUUGAUGGUAUGGGGGGUAUUUUGGUUGUUUCUUGUUUAUUUGUUGUUUUUUUUUUUUUUGAAGCCAUUUUUUAUUUAUGUCAUCUAAAUUGCAUCUAAGACAGAUGUCUUUCCCUUCUUUUUCACCUUAAGCUUUGGGAAAGCUUUUUAUCUCAUGAGGCUGUAUUCCUCAAUACUGUUUGUGUUCAAAGAACUUACAGCUUUCCUAGAAAUAGAAAAAUUAUUUCUUGGACCUGAGUUAUUGAAAAAGGAGAAUUCAGAAUGAUACCAUAUUUUAACAAAUGUCAGUUUUUUUUUUUUUUAAUUUGUUUAUGAUAGUCACACACACAUACAGAGAGAGAGAGAGGCAGAGAGAGAAGCAGGCUCCAUGCACUGGGAGCCCGACGUGGGAUUCGAUCCCGGGUCUCCAGGAUUGCGCCCUGGGCCAAAGGCAGGCGCCAAACCACUGCGCCACCCAGGGAUCCCCAAAUGUCAGUUUUUAACUUUGUCCCUUCCUCCCUCCUUUCCUCUCUCCCCCUUCUCUUUCUUUCCCUCUCCUCAGUGAUGACAAAGUAAUUGUGUGGUUGUGGAACUUGUCUCCUUCAUUCAGUCUCUCCUCACCUAAAACAUCUCUGGUGCCAGUAUUUCUGUGCCAGAUCACUGUGACUCAAGGAAAGUCACCAAUGGCUUGAGAGAGAUUUACUGAAAUAUCUGAAUGUACUGGAAACUCUGGAGUGUGACUAGGUUGGGGCCAGCUGGCUUUAUGUCCAGGGUGACACCUUGUGGUUGGGAUGAUCUUUCACCUUCUAAGGGAUUGGGUGUGAGGCUAGACUGUCUCCUGAGAGCAGGAGUCACAGGGGGAAGUGAGCAUCACUCUCUGCAGGGCUGAGAGGAUUUCAAAGAGCAUAUUCUCCCUUGGAAGCUGUUGUGGCUCAUCAUCAGUGUUUGAGGAGGGUUGCCGCACUGCCCCCCUCCUUGUCAGGAUGGGCGCAGGAGUAGUUUGGAGGUGGGGCUGGGGCUUUGACUGGGUUGGGGAUGUUCACGUGUGUUUGAGGUAAGCAAGCAGGGGCAUGGCUUUGAACUGUUGUAUAUACUCACUGCCUAGAGAGCAGCAUGUGGCAGGCGAGAGCGUUUGGAGUCGGCCUGCUUUCUUAAGCUGUGUAACGGCUCAAACCCUGUGCAGGAGCUCAGUCAGGCUCUGUGAGGAAGCAGUGCCCAGCAAAGUAUGACUUGCUAACUAUCUUGAAACUCUUGAAAGAGCUGUGUUUCUGCCGAGAUGAAAGAUGACUCUGGGGGUUCACAGUUUGGUUUUGUGGCCAGCUAUCCUCUCUUCCUUACUUUCCUGUUUCAUUUGCUGCUUAAUAGCAGUAGUGAAGAGAAAUGUAAAAUUUGGCCUUCCAACUUGGAUUGUGAACAAUAGAUGUUGGGGUGUAUAAGCCUGCUUAAAAGCCCCUUUCUCUAGAGCAGUUUUAUAUCAUUCUUAAAAAUACUUAUUAGCAAAUAUAUUUGUGUAGGUUUCUAUUUGGCUUUUUUAUUAUUGAGAAAAUAAGGACCAACUACCAGUGAAUGUACAGAGAGACUGCUUUUGAUUCGACCAGACUGGAAUAGUAUUCUCCCUUAACCUGAUACUUCCUUUCUUUAUUUGUCUAAGUGUUUCAUCCCAUAGUGGUAUGGUCUGUUAAACAUGCCUGGCAUCAGGUGGAGAGAGCAGAGCAGUGACCUGAUACCUUCCUGUCUUCAGCUUUGUUCUGGGGUUCUAUUUGAGGGAGACGUAGCUGAGAUUUAGAAGACUUUGGUUGAAUGGAAUUGGUAACCUAGGUGUUGUGCCAGGGCUAGGGUGGUGAGAGAGAUGCUUGCCACAUGCACUUGCUUUUGUACAGCUUGCCCUCUUGGGCACUUUAUGUGUGAAUUUGGGUAUGCAUGUUUCAUUUAAGUUAUUUAUUAAAUAUACUUUCCCUUGCUUAAAGGGUGGGAUAGGUCAUUUUUAAAUAGAAGUUGUGAUCCAGUUGGAAUCCAAAUUUGAGAAAUAAACAGCAUAACCUUCUGCCUUGUAAUAUGUGAGUGUUCUAAUCCUGUGGAAUCUUAUGGAGAACUCAAAGACAAAAGUCCUUUAUCAUUUGCCACAGCAGGAUACUGUCUCCUUUCUGACUUGGUGGGGGGUGUAUUUUUGAGCCAGUAUUUAACAGUUUUUUUUUUUUAAUCUAUAAGAUUUUUUUUUUAAUCUGCUAUGUUUAUUUUUCAUGUUGGAACAGUCUCUUUGGAAAUACUUCCUUUUAUGGCUUUUAACAUUUCAUUUCUUUCUGGGGUCAGUUGUGAUGGAUUCUGAUGUGAUGUUAGUACAGGACAGUAGACUUGUGCCAGUGGGCAUAAAUGUGAAGACACAGAGCACCUCCUUGAUUCAGGUCCGGGGUGAGCUACACUAGUUGGAUCAGUGAAAACCACAGACACUGGAAUUUCUAACCUUUUAUAAUGAUAGACUUUUGCACUGAGACCAGGAAAUCUGGUUUGAAAGACUCCACUGCCACAGUGAAAGAUUAAAAGAUCCUGAUUGUACCUGAGUGCCAAAACAUGUUAAAGGAACUGGUACUUAAUUGGUUAUAACUGAAACCACAGCUGGUCCUCCACCCACUCUUCACCCUGAAUAUCCUUCUAGGGAGCACCCUAGGGAAAUGGAGUAGUGCAGGGCUGUUGACUGUGGUGACCACUGGGAGAUCUAGAGGUGGCCGUUUUCUUGACCUGUAAGGAAGCCAGCAGAUCCCAGAGUGUCAGAGCAGAGCCUUUCUUUCCUCCCAGAUACAGUGUUUUUGUGUAGUUUCCCUCAUAGGAGACUCUGUUAGGAUAUGGUUUAAAAUACUGCCUUCUAGGAGAACCUAUGGUCAUUGUUCUUGUGCCCCGCAGUGACCAGCUGUGUGGUCCAUACAUAACUGGGGAAGCCGUCUUUGGGAACAGACUUCUCUAGACACUUGCUGCUUCCUUCUAUCGUACAGGGCCUCACACACAUGCUGGAAGGUCUUUUCUAAAUAGAACUUCUUUUUCCAGAGAGAGCCUCAUCCCUGUCCCCUUCACCCUGAAGCUUUUGUACUGAAGAUGGGACCUUGAUCUAAACCUGGAUAUUGGCAUUUGGCAAGAUUGCUCUAGAAUUUGGGGAAAAUUUGGGUUCCUAAGAUGCACAAGCUUUUCAAAACCAAUCUAAAACUCCCCCGGAAAAGCUAGCUUUCCUAGACAGCCAGUACUGACAUCUUUCCACUAGUGGAGAAUCAGUGGAGGGGCUAGCGAGGUGAGUACAUAAUAGCCUGAGUGCUUGGGUUGCCAUGGAAACUGGAGUGUGCGAGGCCACAGCCGGGGGGCUGAAGAGCCAUUGAGCACUCCCUCAGAUGCUUCCAAACUGGCAGAGCCUGUUGGGAAAAACACUCCCACCCGGAGCCCUCCAUAGUAGGGGUCGCCCUUGGCUCUCCCUGAUCUUGCUCAACAAGAGAAGCAAGGUUCCUUAACUGUUUCACCAUUUUUUGUAUUUCAUUCUUAUUUGACUAUAUAUCAGAUAUAUAUAUAUAUAUAUAUAUAUAUGUAAGUAUAAAGAAACAACCAUAUGCACUGUCUUUCUUUGUUAUUCAUGUAAUAUU